UCAAGUGAUGACAACAAGAUCAACAGCUAUUCCCAACCUCAGUUCAUGUCCACCUAAAAGAAGAAAAAUAUCUUCUCUCACCACAAUUCAGUGUCCUUGGAAUUGUAUUGUCAACAGCUACAGAGAGAGGGAUCUGCAGAGCAGAAUCCUAUCAGGAUAUCCUGUCAUUCAAUUAGGAAGGGUUUAUUCAGCUUUGCAGUGAACGCUUUCAGCAAAAGCCAUGUAUUUUGGUAUUUUUCCUAUCUAAGGGCAGGUUUCACGUGCUUUGUGGUUUAGCUCAUUGCUUUCUUCAGGAAAAGGAGGGAAGUCACUUCAGUUUUUUCACCGGAAUGUAGUAAAGUGGUAAGGCUACCAAAACUCUGAUCAUUUUCAGCCAUAGCAUUGUUACUCAUGACUGAAGAGUUCUGAAGAAAAAAAAUCAACAGUUUUUCAUAAUGGAAAAACAUAUGGUUGUUUUAUUCCUUGUGUCUUCUUUGGUUGCAAAUAACCUCUCUUCACCCCCAAAGUCCACAGAUCAGGUGAAGAAUAAGUGUGAUCAGAAGAUGCUCAUUACAACCAAAACCGAAUGCCGAUCUUGCUCUCUAAACCUUGAAAUCCGGUGCCCUGAUGGUUAUAGUAAAAUGACCAAUGGAUCUGGAAUACGAGGCUGCAGGUAUUACCUUGAAAUCAGGACUUACACUUUGUCUCUUCCUGGAUGUCGGCAUAUAUGUAUGAAGGAAUUUCAACAACCUGAGUGCUGCCAGGGAUAUUGGGGCCCAGACUGUAUGGCAUGUCCAGGAGGAGCUGCAUCACCAUGCAAUAACAGAGGCCGCUGUUUUCAGGGUAUAAACGGAGAUGGAAAAUGCACCUGCGAACAAAGAUUUGGUGGGACAGCCUGUGAAACUUGUGCUGAAGAUAAUUUAUUUGGACCCAACUGCACUUCAGUUUGCAACUGUGCUCACGGAGUAUGCAACAGUGGAAUUACAGGGGAUGGAGAAUGUACCUGUUUGUCUGGAUACAAGGGGGUUAACUGUGAUCAGGCAAUACCUGAGUGUGAGGCCUUACAGUGCCCUGAAAACUCCAGAUGCUCUAUUUCUAGUGAAGAUGAAACCAAACUGGAGUGUACAUGUCUUCCCAAUUACCAUGGAGAUGGUAAACAAUGCAAACCUAUCAACCCGUGCUUAGAAAAGGUCUGUGCUCCGAAUGCUUAUUGCACCUAUCUUGGGCCUAAUCGUCAUAAAUGUGUUUGCCAAGAAGGUUAUAAAGGGGAUGGCCAAGUCUGCUUACCAAUAGACCCUUGCCAAGGGAUGUUUGGAAAUUGCCCUACAGAGUCUACCAUAUGCAGAUAUGAUGGUCCAGGAAAGUCCCACUGUGAAUGCAAAGAACAUUACAGAAAUUUAGUCCCUGGAAAAGGAUGCAGUAUGACAGAUAUCUGUGAGACUAACAACACCUGCCAUAAAAAUGCAAAAUGCACUAUGGUUGCACCGGGACAAAUUGUGUGUACUUGCCAGAAGGGUUAUGUAGGUGAUGGGUUUGUAUGCUAUGGAAAUAUAAUGGAACGCAUCAGAGACCUGAACACUGAACCGGGAGGACAGUGGCAAGGAAAACUGACAUCUGCCAUAGCACUCAUUGAAAAUGUCUACGAAUGGCCUCUAAGUAGUCUGGGACCUUUUACUGUUUUACUGCCAAUAAACAAGGGAUUCAAAGGAAUUAAUAUAAAGGACCUCCUGAGCAAUAAGGAGAAUGCCCAGUACUUUGUAAAACUCCAUAUAAUUGCUGGUCAGCUGAACACCAAUAGCUUGAAUAAUACAGAUACAAUUUACACCUUGACUGGAAAGCCAGGGGAGAUAUUAAAAGGUGAUAAGGACAACCAAUUAAAAAUUAGGAUUCAGGGAAGUAAGAAGAAAGGAAAACUCUUACAGGGGGAUAUAAUUGCUUCCAAUGGAAUUUUGCACAUUAUUGACAAAGCCAUGGACAACGUGGAGCCAACGUUUGGGAGCAAUAAAGAGGAGACCAUAAUGACAGUGAUUCAAGACAACAGACGAUACAGCCGAUUUAGAUCCAUGUUAGAGAAAACUAUCCUGGGACUGGCCUUGGAGCAGGAUGAUGGACCUUACACAAUCUUUGUUCCAAACAACAAUGCUUUGGAUAACAUGAAAGAUGGAGCACUGGACUACCUGCUUUCUACAGAGGGUGCAUGGAAACGUCUGGAGCUCGUUCGAUACCACAUUGUUUCUUAUGCUCAGUUGGAGGUUGCCAGCCUCAUCUCCAUAGAGCAUGUCAAGACCAUGGCUAGACAGUUCAUCUAUUUUAACGCAACCAGCAAUGGACAAAUCUUGGUGAAUGGUGAAGAAACAGAAGAAACAGAUAUUGUUGCCAAAAACGGUCGAAUAUACACUCUUGCAGGUGUUCUUAUUCCUCCCUCAAUUGUUCCUAUUCUACCACACAGAUGUGAUGGGGGAAGGAGUGAAAUUAAAAUGGGUACCUGUGUAAAAUGUUCAGUAUUCUACAGGAGCACUUGUCCAGGGGACUCAAAGCCCAUAGCUUUUUCAAGACGUAGAUGUGUUUAUGAAGCCCUGUUCUAUCCAACAACCGGCUGUGCUAGGUACUGCAAUGUAACAAUAAAGGAACCUAAGUGUUGCAAAGGCUUCUAUGGGCCAGAGUGCAAUCAGUGUCCAGGAGGAUUUUCCAAGCCCUGCUCAGGAAAUGGACAGUGUGUGGAUGGAAUGAAAGGAAAUGGAACUUGUAUUUGUACUGAUGGAUUUCAAGGAUCCCAUUGUCAGUUUUGUUCAGACCCUGAUAAAUAUGGUCCUCAGUGUGACAAAAAAUGUCUGUGUGUUUAUGGGAAGUGUGAUAACAGGAUAGAUAGUGAUGGAAUCUGCCUUGCUGGAUCAUGCAAAAGUGGAUAUGCUGGGAAACUCUGUGAUAAGCAGAUAGUUCCUUGUGGGCCUUUUGUGCAAUUCUGUCAUGCACAUGCAAAUUGUCAGCUUAGUAAUGGUGCCAUGAGCUGCAUCUGCAAACCUGGAUAUGAGGGAGAUGGGACAACCUGCAGUGAAGUAGAUCCUUGUGCUAGCUUAGCUCAAGGUGGUUGCGAUAGCAAUGCAGAAUGUAUUAAAACAGGCCUUGGAACUCACACAUGUGUGUGCCAGCCAGGAUGGAAUGGGAAUGGAAGAGAUUGCUCAGAGAUCAACAAUUGUCUGCUACCAAAUUUCAGAGGAUGCCAUAACAAUGCUACCUGCAUAUAUGUAGGGCCAGGUCAGAAUGACUGUGAAUGUAAGGAAGGAUUUCGCGGGAAUGGAAUUGAAUGUGAACCAAUAAACUCUUGUCUGGAACAAAAUGGAAAGUGCCAUCAUCUGGCAACUUGUCAGUUUGUGUCAUCUGGUGUCUGGGACUGUGUGUGCGCAAAGGGCUACGAAGGAGAUGGCAUCAUAUGCUAUGGAAGUGCAGCAGAUGGGUUGUCUGCUCUGUCAGAGGCAGCUGGAUUUAACCAAUGGGUUAACGAGGCUUCAAUAAACACAAUGCUGUCGGUGACUUCAAAUCUGACCAUCCUUGUGCCUUCCCUUCGAGCAAUUGAAAACAUGGAUCAAGAUGAGAAAACCUUUUGGUUGUCAAAGAAUAACAUUGCAACCCUACUAAAGUAUCAUAUAUUAGUGGGAGCUUAUAGACUUGCUGACUUCCAGAAUUUAUCAUCAUCUGACAUGCUGGCAACAUCUCUGCAUAACAAUUUCCUGCAUCUGUCUAAUGAAAAUGAGAACAUCACUAUUGAAGGAGCUAACAUUGUGGUUGGUGAUAUUGCAGCCACGAAUGGAAUCAUCCAUGUUAUUGAUAAGGUUCUAACACCACUCAGAGGUCUGAGUGGCACAUUGCCAAAACUGCUGGUCCGCUUAGAACAGAUGCCCGAUUACUCCAUUUUCAGGGGUUAUGUUAUUCAAUAUAGUCUGGCAAAUGAAAUUGAAGUGGCUAACACUUACACAGUUUUUGCCCCAAAUAAUGGUGCAAUUGAAAGUUACCUCAGGAAUAAAAAGUCUCCCACUCUGGACGAAGACCAAAUCCGAUACCACAUCGUGUUGGAGGAAAAGCUCUUGAAGAACGACAUGCACAAUGGCAUGCACAGAGAGACCAUGCUCGGGUUUUCCUAUCAAGUGGGAUUCUUCCUGCACAAUGGCCAGCUGUACAUCAAUGAGGCACCUAUAAAUUACACAAAUAUUGCAACUGACAAAGGCAUUAUCCAUGGAUUGGGAAAAAUUCUGGAAAUACAGAAGAACAGAUGUGAUAUCAAUGAUACUGUGAUGACAACC